AUGGAAUCCAUCGAACGAGAUGACUUCGAAAAUCUUCUUUUUCCAUCGAACAUUUCUACGGAAACACAAGAUAAAAAGUUGAUUAGGUCAUGCUGGGUGGAUGAAACCAGCUGGGAAGAAGAGGAGGGCGAGAGUUCCUUGACAGAAGCAGGUUCGAUUGACUUCCCGUCCGGGCCGAGCUGGUCGGAAACGUUUGAUGAUGGAAGCUUGCAAGGGGUUGGCGCCAUCACGUGGCCGGAUGGGUCAUGCUAUCACGGUGGACUGAGCGACAACAUGCGGCAUGGGCAUGGAACGUACAGGUGGGCAGACGGUUGCACCUACGAGGGAGACUAUGAGAACGACUGUCGCCAUGGGCGAGGACACUACAAGGGGAAGCACCACCAGUACGAUGGGAGCUGGAAGCAUGACAUGAUGGACGGAGAAGGAGUUUACGAAUGUCUGGAUCAGAAUAUGAAUGUCUUCCGAAUCUUUCAAGGGAAAUUUGAGAAGAACGCUCCUAUUUCUGGUAUGCUGCAAACAAGCGAUGGCCGGAAACGAAAUGUGUGCUACGAUGGUGAUACGCCAGUGACUGGACAUCCUUGGCUGUGGAAGUCCUUGCGUGAAGAUGAGCAGCUGACGAAGCCGCUGGGGGAAGGGAGCGAAGAGUUUGAGAUGGUUGCCGAUCUCUUCUUUGCUUCAGUCCCUCGCUCCUCGUAUGUCGAGAGAGGGAAGUGCAAAGGAGAGAAGACUGAAGGAAGCAUACUCAUGCAGAGAGAUCGCAUACGCAACGAGAUCCUCAAGCGAGGGAUAGCCUGGGAGGCUUCCGUCAUGGAGCGAUGGGCAUUUCAACGGCCAGAACCGCCAGAUCAUGGGCCGAUGUCGUUCGUGUUACCGCAACUUGACAGCAGCUGGGAGGACCCCUUGCAAGCAGUUAUCAACGAGGGCUUCCUGGUGAACUCAGGCUCCUGCCAUGGUAGGCAGUUCGGGGCCGGCAAAUACUUCUUUCGAGACGCCAACAAACAGCUUGGCUGCCACAGUGUCUUGCCAAAAGGCUCUCAGAAGACCUCGAUGCUGCUAGCUCGAGUGGUGGUCGGACGAUACGCGUUGGGUCAACGUGAGUGCCUUAUGCCUCCGAUUGAUCCGACUGGUAAUCCUGGCCAGCACUACCACAGCAUGGUCGAUGACGUCGUCAACCCAAGCUGCUUUGUCAUCCAGAACAGUGCAAGCGCGUACCCAGCGUACCAGAUCGAUUACCGACCAGUCGAAAACCACUUACCCUGUACCAUGUCUUCGGGGCAAAAGGAAGUGGGGAACAACCGCAGGUCCAACCCGCUGCGCUCUGUGAUUAACCAGAAGAAAUGCGUAGAGAAGCAGAGGCAGAGCUAA